AUGGCAAGCACUACAGCCAAGUGUGAAAGCAAAGGUUUAAAAAGGAAGAAAGAUAAAGAAAAUGUAGAUCCUGAGACUCUUCAGUGUUUGUCGUCUACAGACCGGCCUUCCAUUCUGUCAGACAGCCCUCAGGUGGAAGACAUUGACACCAUGAUGAAAGAUUUGAGCAAUGAAGUAAACCUUCUGUUUUCUAACUAUGCAAAGACACUGAGUGAACGUUCCGCUUUGGAUUCACUGCACGUACAGAAGUUUGAUGAAAUUCUUACAGAAGCCAGGUCACUGGAAAGUCAGAUAAGACAGAAGAAGGAAGACCUUAGGAGCUACCUCACCAUGAUUGCAAAGACUUUACAAAGAUAA